AGGAAGCAGAGAUCAUCACAUUUCUAGUAUUUACAGUAGAAAGAAGUUUCCCUCUCGCAGGAAUAUAAAAAAAAAAAAAACCAAAAAAAAAAAAACAAGCUUACAGACAAACUGCGGGUUCCGCUUCGGUGAUGUCUAACCCGUGGUUGGACCAGUGGCCCCUACUGGCCACGAAUGGUACCACGCCCUUCGCAGACAACAGUACCUGCUUCAGCACCAAACAGAGCACCGUACUCAAGGGAGUCGGCUUUGGAGGAGUGCCAGUUGUGCUAUUGCUCGAUUUCUGUGUCUUUUGGGUGCUGCUGAUUGUCUUCUCUAUUAUCAGGAGGAAGUUCUGGGACUAUGGGCGUCUGGCAUUAGUUGCAGACAACGACGGGUUCACUACGUCAACGCGCCGUCGCUAUGAACGCAUGUUAUCCAGCGCGGAUGAUAUUGAGUUUGAAUUGGGUUUCUGCUCUUGGCUGCCUUACGUCAUCAACAUGGAUGAGGAUAAGAUGAAAGCCAGAUGUGGCAUGGAUGCUGUUCACUACCUGUCAUUCCAGCGUCAUCUGAUCGCCCUGCUGAUGGUCAUAACCGUCACCUCCAUCGCCAUCAUACUGCCCGUCAACUUGUCCGGAGACCUGCUGGGUAAUGAUCCACAGAAUUUUGGAAGGACAACUGUUGGGAAUCUUAAAAAGGGAAACAACCUUCUAUGGCUGCAUACAGUGUUUGCAGUUCUGUACCUGAUCCUGACAGUUGUUCUGCUUCGACGUCACACAUCACAAAUGAAAGGCAUGCGUAGGGAGACGACCAGAAACACAUUGUUUGUGUGUUCAAUCCCUAAAGCGGCAACAGACGAAGCUUUAAAGGCUCAUUUCACAGAGGCGUACCCUACCUGUCAAGUGUGUGCUGUGACUCUGGGCUAUGACGUGGCCAAGCUCAUGCACCUUGAUAAGGAAAGGAUGCGAGCAGGAAAAAACCUGCGCUACUACGAGCGUGCCCUGGAGAAAACAGGGAAACGGGACUUGUUUAACCCACGUUUGUGUGGUCAACUCUGUUGCUGCGCCAAAUCUCAGAAGGUUGAUGCCAUAGAGUACUACAGUAAUAAAGAAAAAGACCUGCUGGAAGAGGUGAGGAAACAGACCGAACUGGUGCCACAGCGCCCCCUGGGGAUGGCCUUCGUCACCCUGAAGACUGAGGCUAUGGCCAAGUACAUUUUGAAAGACUUCAAUGCACUCGAGUGUGGUGGCGCAAGCUGCUGUUGCGGGAGAGUUCCCCAACCUUCAUCCGAGAGUGGAACUCUGAAAGUGAACAAGUGGAGCGUCAGCUUUGCACCCCAUCCAAAAAAUGUGUAUUGGGAGAACCUGUCAGUGAAAGGUUUUCGCUGGUUCGUGCGCUACCUGAUGCUCAACAUUUUCCUCGUCUUCCUGCUCACCUUCCUCACGACUCCCACCAUCAUUAUCAGCACCAUGGACAAGUUCAACGUGACGAUGCCAAUCCGCUAUCUCAAUAGCCCUAUCAUCAGUCAGUUCUUCCCCACUCUCCUGCUGUGGUCCUUCUCUGCGUUGCUGCCAACCAUAGUUUACUAUUCUACGAUUGGAGAGGCACACUGGAGCAGGUCCAGUGAGCAGCUGAGCAUGUUGCGUAAACUCUACUUCUUCUUGCUCUUCAUGGUGCUGAUCCUCCCCUCGCUAGGACUCACCAGUCUUGCUGUGUUUUUCCGCUGGCUGUUUGAUAAAGAGUUUCUCUCAGAUGGGAAACUGAGGUUUGAGUGUGUGUUUUUACCUGACCAAGGCGCGUUUUUCGUCAACUAUGUGAUCACAGCGGCGCUGGUGGGCUCCGGGAUGGAGUUGCUGCGGUUGCCAGGGUUACUGCUUUACACCAUUCGUAUGGCGUUUGCUCGCUCUGCUGCUGAAAGGAAAUAUGUUAAACAGAACCAGGCCUAUGCAUUUGAAUAUGGAGCCAUGUAUGGCUGGUCCCUAUGUGUGUUCACUGUCAUUUUGGCUUACAGCAUCAUAUGUCCUAUUAUUGUGCCUUUUGGUCUCCUGUACAUGAUGCUGAAGCACCUGGUGGACAAACACAACCUGUACUUUGCCUACCUGCCUGCUCACAUAGACCGCCAGGUCCACUUGGGAGCUGUCAAUCAAGCCCUGGCUGCGCCCAUCAUCUGCCUUAUAUGGCUUUACUUCUUUUCUGUCCUCAGAGCAGGUUUCUGGACUGCCACGUCUCUCUUCACACUGGUAGUCCUGGUUAUCACUGUCUUCAUCUGCAUCAGCUACACCUGCUUUGGCCAUUUCAAGUACCUCAGUCCACACAACUACGCGGUGAAAGAGGAGGAUGAGGAUAUAGUAGAGGGAGUGGAAGAAAACACCACGGUCUACCUUCCCAGAGUGCUUAAUCCCAAAUCACCUGCCAGCACACAACAGGGUUCAGAACCUCAGCAGUUUUACGGCUCUACAGAGGGCAGCCCGGCCCACGGAUCCAGCCCAUUGACGGAGAGCAUGUCAGAUGGCUGACGCGGCGUUUUAUUCAACACUGAGUCAAAGCUUUGGAGUCGGGAUGCCCACGACUCCUGACUGUAAAUCUGCUUCAUUCACAAAGGGGCUUAUGCAAGAACCAUUUGUACGAACGGGUUCGUUCUUAAGUGGCUUGUAAGAACUAUAUGUGAUUACAAAUUUACUCGUAUUUUUAAUUUUCUCUCAGGUAAGAACACAACUUAAAAGCGUCUUUGGGAUCGUGCAAUUAGUCUGCCGUUAACCACACCUAAAUAUUUCACUAAUAGUACUCUAAAGCAAAUAUGAGCUUGAAAACCCUACAUAAAUUACACUUCAUCAUUUUAUAGGCAUUAUCCUGUUUGACUCUGCAAUUUGAAUUAUAGGCUAAUAUGAGUCUAGCCUAACGAUAUCACUAAUAACUUAGACUGGCUCUCGAUGCUAUUGUAUAAUACUACAUUAUCAAUAUGAGGCAGGACGCGUAGCCUUAUUGUAUUAUUGGACCAUAAUUAUGCAAAUUGACAAUUCUCAUGAAUGGACGCUCAUUUACGGACAGGUGGUGAUCACCAGGUUUACGCUGGUCAUUGACACAGUUAUCUGAAGUAAGGAAACUGACGUGGCUCACUCGUACGAGCCCAAAGCACAAGAACAACUAAAAGAAAGUUAACACAAGAGGUCAAAUGAUUUUAGCAUUUAAGUCAAAGUUUGAAAUCACCUUGACCACACUGCUCAAGACAGACACAGCCUGUCCCAUUGAGAGAAAAUCGGCAGAUGGUACAAGAAAGGAACAUGCAGUGGAUACUAAAGACCUGAAUUGUGCCGCAGAACGCUAGUCCAACUUUCUUACCUUCUGCUUUUGGAUAGAUAUGAGUAGAAAGUACCAGUGGGGGACAGUGUGUUGAAUUUGAAGUGCUUCUUACAGGAAAGAGUAAAUGUAAACAGAAAUGUAUUUGAUAUUCGGGCUAUUAUUUGCACUUGAUCAGCAUAGCACACACAUCUAUUUUAAACAUAUCCGUCAUAAAGCAAAGCUUUAAUUAUUUUCUGUAUGAUAUUUCCCUCGUGCCAUUUCAAACAAGUCAUAAUGUUGGAUUCCAACACUGGAGUUCAUUAUUUGCACAUGCUGAAGCUUAUUAUGCAAGUACUACAAGAACAAUCAAGAACAGCAACACUGAUGCCAAAGAGGUGGACAUGCAGAGCUUUCUGUUUGUUACCUGUUAUUUAGUUCAAGCUUAGAUUUCUUCACAGUGCCUUUUUGUGAUGCUUUUUUAAGGACAAGGGAAGAACGUAUUGCCUUUUGUUUAUAAUGCACUUUCUGUAUCAAGAGAGGACUGUUUUGUGUCGACUAACAAGAGAACAUUUAUAUCAGUAUUGUUGGAGUUUUGCAGCCAGAACUUUUUUGUUUAGUCUACAAGUGACAAUGGUGAGAGCUAGUAUUUUCACAUUAUUGUUAAGAUAAGCCAAUCACGCUGUUUGAUAAGGUCAACGUUUAUUUGUAUUUAAUGUACUCUGAAGUUGUGUUUUUGCAACUAUUUUAAAUGUGCAUAAUAACAAGGUACUUCAUUUUAAAGGUUAACUUUUAACUGUACAGUGUUUGAUAAUAUCUUCAAAAUUGAAUAUGUUAAGAUGCUUGUAGAUGCUGUAGAUGGUGAUCAUUCAUGCAGUUUUCAAAUACAAAAAGGAACAACUUUACAGUUAUGAGCGUCUCUUUCCAUUUGGGGGCACUGUUGAGCUGCAGUGGGGGUAGUAUAACCACAGAAGUGGAUAAAAAGGACAAAUGCACAGUGUUGCAUUGAGGAUUUUUAACUUAUUCUGACAUUGGUAUGAGCCAGUUUACUGGGGGACAAUUCCAGUAGCUCCGCCUCCUCACCUGAUCUUUCACUAUUGUCUCCCUUUUC